CGCCAUUGCUCCCAUACCUUCCUCCUCCUCCUCCUCCUCUUCUUCUUCCUUUGCUUCCAUUGAAGACUAGAGAAGAGAGAGGAGGUGAGAGGUGAACUGGUGAUAACAAUGGACAGGGAGCUGGUGAGGACGGUGAAGCUGGCGACCAAGAACCACGCCGGCGUGCUGUUCCGCCGCGCCGUGCGCCACCUCCCCCACAUCGUGGCGGUGACGGCGCUGGUGGCGGCGGCGCCGCGGCUGUCGACGCUGCUGGCGGCGGCGGCGGCCGGCGGAAGCACCAUGCGCUGGGCGCGCGCGCUGUGGUCCGACCUCGCCGGCGAGCUGGGCCCGAGCGCGCCGGCGCUGGCGGUGGCGUGCUGGGCGGCGGCGCUGGCGGCGUACACCUACGCCGCGUCCCGCCCGCGCCCCGUCUACCUCAUCGACCUCGCCGGCUACAAGGCGCCGCGGGAGCACGAGGCGUCGCGCGCCAAGACGAUCGCCCACUUCGGGCGGUGCGGGCGGUUCAGCGGCGAGAGCAUGGCGUUCCAGAAGCGGAUGCUGGAGCGGUCGGGGCUCGGGGAGGCGACCCACUUCCCGACGUCGCUGAUCAGCCUCCCCGUGGACAUGUGCCUCCGCACGGCGAGGGAGGAGUCGCACGCCGUCAUCUUCGGCGUCGUCGACGAGGUGCUCCGCAAGUCCGGCGUCGCGGCGGCCGACGUCGGCGUGCUCAUCUUCAACUCCAGCCUCCUCUCCCCGACGCCCUCCUUCACCUCGCUCAUCGUCAACCGCUACGGGAUGCGCCCCGGCGUCGUCUCCCACAACCUCAGCGGCAUGGGAUGCAGCGCCGGCAUCAUCGCCAUUGAUCUCGCCAAGCGCCUCCUCCAGGUGCACGAGAACACGUACGCGCUGGUGGUGAGCACGGAGAACAUCACCCUGAACGCGUACAUGGGCAACAACCGGCCGAUGCUGGUGACCAACACCCUGUUCCGCGUCGGCGGCGCGGCGAUCCUCCUCUCCAACCGCGCCGCCGACCGCCGCGGCCGCGCCAAGUACCAGCUGAUCCACACGGUGCGCACCCACCGCGGCGCCCACGACCAGAGCUUCGGGUGCGUGACCCAGGAGGAGGACGACGCCGGCGAGGUCGGCGUCUCCCUCUCCAAGGAGCUCAUGGUGGUCGCCGGCGAGGCCCUCAAGACCAACAUCACAACCCUCGGCCCCCUCGUCCUCCCCAUCUCCGAGCAGCUCCGCUUCCUCGCCACCGUCGUCCUCAAGCGCGUCUUCCGCGCCGACGUCAAGGCCUACCUCCCGGACUUCAAGCUCGCCCUCGACCACUUCUGCAUCCACGCGGGGGGCCGCGGCGUCCUCGACGAGCUCGAGAAGAGCCUCAAGCUCUCGCCGUGGGACAUGGAGCCGUCGCGGAUGACGCUCUACCGCUUCGGCAACACGUCCAGCAGCUCGCUGUGGUACGAGCUCGCCUACUGCGAGGCCAAGGGGAGGAUCAAGCGCGGCGACCGGGUGUGGCAGAUCGCCUUCGGCUCCGGGUUCAAGUGCAACAGCGCCGUGUGGAGGGCGCUGCGCACCGUCGACGCCGCGGGCCUCGACGCCGGCGACAACCCGUGGAUGAAGGAGGUGGACAUGCUCCCCGUCGACGUGCCCAAGGUGGCGCCCAUCGAUGAGACCUCCUACCAGAUCCCAAACUAAUAAGGGGAUAUAUGAGGCUAUAUAGCUAUUAUAAUUUAUAAGUAGUAGACUUCUUGUUCUGUCGAUCGAUAUGAUGAUCUCAAGAAUAUGGAGCCAUUGCUAGGCUGCUUAUGUAUGAUGAUGAUGAUGAUAGGCCUUUAUUAUUAGGGCUUAAUUUGGCUAUUAAUCAAUCAUUGUGUUUGUGUGUGUCCUGAUUAAUUCUAUGGACUUGCAAGAAAUCCUGGUGGGAUCUUGAUCUCCAUGGUGUUGUUGGAUGCCCUGGAUAUGGAGGUUGAUCACCCUAGAUCAGUGGGAGAACAUGCAUCAAUCUGAUCCUCCACAUUGUACUGUGAUGAGGCCAUGGAAAAAAGGUAAUACAACUUGGGUUUGGCUUAGACUUUUAUUAGAAGAGGUGUUGGAUCAUUAGCUUAAUGUGCAUUGACCAUAGGAAAUGGACAAACUAACGAACUUACAAGGACAGAACAGACUGUCAACAAUGGUGUGAAGAAGAAGCUACAUACUCAUAGUACAUAUAUAUCACCACAUCCACAGAACUGACAGAAGACAUGUUACUAGGGUAGGUUAUCUAGACAAACUAAUCAAGGUCCGCAUGCUCCACCAGCAAGCAAUUAAAAUUAACACACAGAUCAUCACCAGACACAAAUUCAACAAAACAGGAACAAUCCAAUAAUGACAUACACAACAUAAGCAUGUCUGUACGUAUAACACGGUUGGGGUUUUAUCUUAAAUUCCAGCUGGAAUGAUGCACGGCUAGAUAUAUACUAGAUGCUAAUUCAAAUUCGUAUUUCAAAUUUGAGUUGCUUAUUUUCAUAGUACAGCUCUUGUGAUCUUUGUUUAAAAAUGUGAAACAAUAAUGCAGCAAACAAAACUAGCUACUAGCUAGUAACUGAUGGUGGCAUUAGCCAGAAGUGCUUGCGAUUCUGUCUCAUACUUGAACCCUUGGCUCCUGGAAUGAUCAGCAGCCCAGAUGAAGAUGCCGUACAGCUUCCCCUCCUUCUGCAGAGUCCGGCAAGCGCUCAGCGCCGUCUCGACGGGCACCGAGGUCGUCGUCGCCGCCGUCGUGAAGCUCGCAAGGAUGUUCCCUCCGGGGUAGUUGACGAUCUGCUGGUUGAAGAAGUCGACGUACUGCGCCUCCGUCGUGCUGGCGCCGUAGGCGUAGAACUGGAAGUUGAUGUAGUCGAUCACGGCGCCGUACUUGGCCCACAGCGCCAUGUAAUGGCGCUGGACCUCGGCGUUGCCGAAGGGCGCGAUGGAGGCGAACUUGAUCACCCCCUUGGCCUUGAGCACCGUGAUGAGGCGGCCGACGCACUCGGUGAAGGUGUCCGGGUCGACCUGGAACUGCUCGUAGUCGAUGUCGAUGCCGUCCAGGUUGUUGUCCUGGAUGAUGCCGGUGAGGGACUCGACAGCGUUGUUUACCCACGAGUCGACGGAGGUGAUGUUGAAGAAGACCGGGCGGUCGUUCACGGUGGCGCCGCCCAUGCUGACGGCCACCCUCACGUUGGGGUUGCUCUGCUUGAUCGACGCGACGGCCGACGGGGUGAGCACCGUGUUCUGCCAGAAGAUGUUGAACUUGCCGUUGGUCGGGGUCGGCGGGUUCGUCUCGGUGGUGUAGUCGAUGAUGAAGGCGAGGAUGAAGUCGAACCGGACUUUC